AUGAAUGGGAAGGGAAGCGUCGGUGUACCCAUCAAAUGGAAAAUUGCCGUCACCGUUCUAGUCUUAUUGUGUGUCGGUUUGCUGAUAGCUCUCGUCGUGGUUGCGGUAGAUUUCACUCAGUACAAAGAAAGAUAUCCAAACAACCCGGAAACAAAUUCGUGCGCCGAAAAAACCCUCGAAUUUGGGGAAGUACCAAAGACUCAAAACAUCUUUAACGAACUUUCCCGCGAAGAAUUAAUCGCUGCGAGGAAUUUCAUGUUGAAACAAUCCUCAUUGAAACUAAAGAAGAUUGAAAAUGCAUCUGUGAAUGAAAGCUAUAUUUUCAUGAUCCAGAUGUACCCGCCUGCCAAACAAGCAGUCCUCGAUUAUUUAGAGAAAGGCAGGCCGCGGCCUGCCAGAAGAGCGCUUGUUGUUGUUUUCAAAGGUGAUUCCAACCUACCAGUGGUCCGAGAGUACAUUGUAACAUGGCCGAACAGCACCGUCAAGGAAAUGACGUACGAAGAACGCGGCAAUCCUCUUGAGUUCAACGUUCGCCCUUAUGAUCAAGUACAACACAAAGCCUUAGAGAAGAUUGUUAUAGAAGCCACAACCAAGGCUUUUAAGAUUUUAAAUGACAGUUAUGACGGAUACUGCUAUAAUAACUGUACAAACAGGCUCUUAAAAUUUCACCCACAGGAACCCUUUGGUAAAGAUAGGGACGAACGAACAACGUGGCUGCAAUUCACUCGCGAUCUAGAGGGGGAAUCGCUGAACCCAGUCGAUUUUCAACUCUACAUAAAUUUUGCUGGCGCGGACGUGUCGAAAUGGAAAGUGGACAAAGUGUAUUACAAUGGAUUCGCAUACCACACCGUCGAUGACCUUUUAUUUCAUUAUAAUAAACCGUCAGGUAUUCAAAAAUCGUUCAUCCCCGCGCCAAAACCACCUUUAUUUUCAUCAUACGAAAAUCGUGGAAUCCCCCAAUCCCAGAGUUCCAGGCGAGCCCCGAGGAUGUUUGAGCCUGAUGGGAAAAGAUUUGCUGUCAGCGGUCACCAUAUUAAGUACAUGAGUUGGACCUUCGACUUUCGAAUGGAUUCAGUUUCAGGUCCUCAACUCUACGACAUUCGAUUUAAAGACAAAAGAAUAAUCUACGAACUCAGCUUACAGGAAGCCAUUUCAUUUUACACUGGCUACUCCCCAUACUUUAGGGUUGCCAAUUUUGUGUAUGGUGGAUGGACAAUGGGUAGAAGAUCUUUAGAACUAGUGGCCGGCGUCGACUGUCCAGAGACAUCCAAGUUUUUCGACACGCUGCAUUUCGUGGACACCAACGAACCGGAAGUAGUCAGGAAUGCGGUGUGCGUUUUUGAAAUGGACAGCGGUAUUCCUCUAAGGCGCCACUUUGAAGCGAAUGGAAAACGAUUCAGAUUUUAUGAAGGAAUAACCAGUCAUGUGUUAGUAAUUCGCACCAUUGCCACUUUGCGCGGUUAUGACAACGUCUUCGAUUUUGUGUUCUAUCAGAAUGGCGCUGUGGAGGUAAAAUCGACACCCACCGGCUACAUAAAAACAGAGAACGGCCAAACAAGCCUCGAUGACCCAUAUGGGGAAGAUAUCGAGAGCAAACUGCUAGGAAACUUACACAAUUACAUAUUCCAUUACAAAAUUGAUCUUGAUGUCUAUGGUACCUCCAAUUAUUUUGAGAAAAUCUCGAUCAGCAAAGACGACAAAUCAAAUAAAUGGCUUCCGCCGCAAAGAGAAAAUCUAAUGGUAUUCCGCAGAGAACAGCUAAAACUGGAGCUUGAAGCAGCGAUUGAGAACAUUGACUUCGAAAAGCCGACUUUUUAUAAUGUUCACAGUAAUGAAAAAAACAAGUUUGGCGUAAGAAGAGGAUAUCUUGUUAUACCGAUAUCAGCCGUGAAACAAAUUCUUCCGAAGGAAUAUCGUUACACCAAGAUGGCGCCGUGGUCGAAUUAUCCACUUGCUGUUACCCUCUCUAAAGAUACCGAGCUAAAGAGUAGCUCUGUGUACAAUCAGAACAGCCCCACCUCGCCCAUCGUUGACUUCGAAAAUUUCAUUGGCGACAACAAUGGCAUUACCGAUAAAGAUCUCGUCGCUUGGGUUUCUAUUGGAUGUAUCCAAAUUCCGAGCUCCGAAGAUAUCCCGAACGCUGCGACGCCUACGAACACGGCCAGGUUCUUUCUUCGGCCGUUCAAUUACUUCGACGCCGAUCCUUCAAUAAAUUCUACCGAUGCAGUGUUUAUCAAACCUUCGACGGACAAAAGUGGUUCAAGUCCUCCUGUGGUUGUGAGCCGUGUGGAUCGUAGUAAAGAUGUCUGCGUGCCGAGAAAAUAUGACAUUAACUUAACAAGAACUUACGAAUGA